CACUACGAGCACGCGUUCUCUUUUUCAUUUCGUUCUCGCUUCUAUAUCCCCUACCCCUGGCCAAUUUCAAAAUUAGCAUGCAUAUUAAGCGAAUCACAAUCCAGGGGUUCAAGUCCUACAAGGACGAGACAACCACUGAUCCCCUGAGUCCCCACCACAACGUGGUCGUGGGCCGCAACGGAUCCGGCAAAAGCAACUUUUUCUCUGCCGUGCGCUUUGUACUGAGCGACGCAUACACAAACCUGGGUCGCGAGGAGCGCCAGGCCCUCUUGCACGAGGGCGCCGGCCAGGCAACAAUGUCUGCCUUUGUCGAGAUUGUCUUUGACAACACGGACAACCGCUUCCCGACCGGCAAAGACGAAACCGUGGUCCGCCGCACGAUUGGCUUGAAAAAAGACGACUACUCGCUGGACCGCAAGAGCUCGACGCGUGCCGAGAUCGCAAGCCUUCUGGAGAGCGCCGGCUUCUCGCGCUCCAACCCGUACUAUAUUGUGCCGCAGGGCCGGGUCACGUCCUUGACCCAUGCCAAGGACAGCGAGCGCCUGGCACUAUUGAAGGAGGCGCGCCGCGCCAGCAGCCUGAAGAUCGUUGAGGAGACCGAGCGCACGCGUCUGAAGAUCGCAGGAGGACCUGGGCUCGAUGCCGAGAAGGCCCAGCUCGACAAGUACCGCACACUCGAUCGCGACCGCCGGGCCCUCGAAUACGCCAUUUACGCGCUCGAGCAGGAGGAUGUCGCCGAGCAGCUCGAUGAAAUCGACGCCCCCGCCAGUGCCCGCCAGGAAGAAUGCAGUGCUCUGGAGCUGCGCAUUGCCGAGACGGAGCCCGCCAUUCGUGCUGCCCGUCAGCAGCUUGAGAUUCUGCAGAUCGAGCGCGAGCAGCUCGCCACCGAGGCUGAGGAGCAUGCGCGCACCCGCGCUAAGCUAGAGUCCGCCAUCCAGGACCUCGAGAUGGACCGAUCAGCUGGCCGCCAGGGAAUCACCGAGCUACGUCGCUCCGCCGAUGCGCUCACCCGCGACGUGCGCGCGCGCGAAACCGAGCUGGCCCGUGUCGAGACCAACUAUACACGCGCAUUGCAGGCCGAGACUGUGCUGCGCCAGGAAUUCGACUCCAACGACCGCCAGCGGCGCCUGCUACAGCAGAAACAGGGUCGCAGCGGUCACUUCAACUCGAAGGCCGAGCGGGACCACUGGCUGGACCGCGAGACUGUCCAGCUUUCUGCCUCAAUCGAGCAGCUGCACGUGCAGUAUGCGAGCGCCGAACAGGAGCAGGCUGAUCUGCGUCAGCGCUCUGAGCAGGCCGCCGCCAAGAGCACUGCUGCGCGCGAACGUGCCGACCAGGGCACCGAGCGGAUCAGCGAGAUCCAGGCGCGCGACGUGCAGCUGCGCGAGCAGCGCGACGCAAAGAUCUCCCAGCGCAAGGAGCUGUGGCGCAAAGAGGCUCGGCUUGAGAGCGAGCUGCAUGAUCUGAAGGACGAGCUGCGUCGUGCUGAGCGCAAUAUCGCUGGCACCGGCCUGGCUGCACUUGCCGAGCUGCGUGACUCGCUCGGCCUGCCCGGGAUCCACGGCCCGCUGUUCGAGCUGUUUGACGUCGAUGAGACCUACCGCACAUGCGUCGAGUCCAUCGCCGGCGCUAGCCUCUUCCACGUGGUUGUCGACGAUGACGAGACGGCCACCCGUGUGCUGGCCGAGCUGAACCGCCGCAAGCUCGGUCGCCUGACAUUCAUGGCCGCUGAACCGCCUGCACCCAUCCUCGGCCACUACAACCGCCGCUUCCACAAAGCGCUGCAGCAUGUGUUUGGCCGCACCAUCAUCUGCCCGUCGCUGGAUGUAGGCAGCGGCUACGCACGCUCCCUGAACCUGACCGCAGUGACUCUGGAGGGCGACAAGGUCGACCGUCGCGGUGAGCUCUCUGGCGGCUUUGUCGCCCGCAAGGGCUCGCGUCUGCAGGCCGCCCGCUCGCUAAUGCAGAUCCGCACCCGUGUGCAGACCGCGCAGACGCAGGCAGAGCAGACGCUGGCGGCGCUGGCAGUGCUGGACCAGGAGAUCACACAGCUGCAUAGCGAGCUGCAGGCGCUGAGCGCGCAGCUGAAUCAGGUAGGCAGCGACCGCGUGGCCGCCAAGCAGGAGCUCAAGCUGCUGGCCCGGGAGGAGGCCGAGCUGCGCGCCUUCGGCGAGGGUGCCACCAAGUCCCUGCAGACCCUUCGUGCCCAGCAGCUCACGUGUGAGGCCGAGCUCUCCGCCCUGCGCGAAGAGCGCGCACAGCCGUUCUCCCGCGGCCUGGAUGCCACAGAACGUCAGCAGCUGGCGCAACUCGUGGCUCAGGUGGACGCGCAGGCUGCCGAGCUGGCAAAGCUAUCGUCGGAGCGCGCCGACCUGGAGGGCCGCCGCAAUGUGCUGCAGAACGAGCUUGCGCUGGGUCUGCAUCUGCGCCUAGAGGAGGCGCGCGGGCAGCUGGCACAGGCUGUGGCCGAGAACCCCGACCAGGCGCUGGGUGUGCGUAGCCGUGAGCUGGCGAAGCUCGAGGAGCUGCAGCAGACGGUCAGCGAGCGGCUGGCUGGUGCGCACCGUGAGCUGGCGGCGAAGCAGCGCGAGAUCACCGACCUAGAGAUGCGCUUGACCGAGACACGCGCCAGCCUGGAGCGCGAGACGCGGCGUGCGCAGAAGGAGAUGGAGCAGCUCGAGCAGUGCUUGGCACAGCGCAACCUGUACAUGCAGAAGAAGAACGAGUACAUGCGCAACAUCCAGGACCUUGGCGUGCUGCCUGAGGAGGCGUUCCGCAGCUUCUCGCGAGCGCAGCUGCCGCGCCUGACGAAGAAGCUGCACAAAACGAACGAGAAGCUGAAACUCUUUGGCCACGUCAACAAGAAGGCCUUCGAGCAGUACACGAUCUUUGCACGCCAGCGCGAGAGCAUCCAGGAACGCAAGCGCGAGCUCGACCAGUCGGCGCAGGCGAUCCACGAGCUGAUCGAGCAGCUCGACCAGCGCAAGGACGAGGCGAUCGAGCGCACCUUCAAGCAGGUGUCCAAGUACUUCCGCGACCGCAGCACCGACCGCGCAGACAUGCCGGUCCCUGACGACGAUGACGAGCCGAUGAGCUCCGGCGAGUCCGUUGAGAACUACAUUGGCGUGUCGAUCCGCGUCUCCUUCAACAGCACUACUGACGAGGGCUUGCGCAUGCAGCAGCUGUCGGGCGGCCAGAAGUCGCUGGUCGCGCUGGCCCUGAUCUUCGCCAUCCAGAGGUGCGACCCGGCGCCCUUCUACCUGUUUGACGAGAUCGACGCCAACCUCGACGCCGUCUACCGCACGGCCGUCGCUGACAUGAUCUACGAGCUCAGCCGCAACUGCCAGUUCGUCACCACCACGUUCCGCCCCGAGAUGCUGGUCCACGCGGACAAGUUCUACGGCGUCACCUUUGAAAACAAGGUCUCGCAUAUUACUACCAUUGCGCAGGACGCCGCCGUGUCGUUUAUUGAGGAGGCGCAGCCGUCGUAAUGUUUUUGUGCUACCUGAUUUUUUUUUUCCAAAAACAGUAUUUCCA